UCCAUUACAAAUUUGUUAUUCCAAUUGUUUUGGUUAUAUUAUAGGGAUUUUCCGGGAAAAUGUCGCAUCCGUUGGAGGCACCGCAGCGGACCCGCAAAUAUCCUUUUGUAAAUAUGCGGAUUUCGGAUCACACAAUACUGGAUUCCAUCGAGGGCCGCCACAAUUGCAAAUUGUGCAAUCGUUCGCGCAAGUUUUUCUGCUAUAGUUGCUACACACCGGUGGGAGAAUUGGAGGAGCUACUACCACGCGUUGAGCUACCGCUUAGAAUAGACAUAAUCAAGCACAAGAAGGAAAUAGACGGCAAAAGUACUGCUGUUCAUGCGGCUGUUUUGGCGCCGGAACACGUGAGGAUUCACACCUUUCCGGAUAUACCCGACUACCGGCAGGAACCAGGAGUGGUUCUAAUAUUUCCCAGUGCCACUGCCCUGACGGUACCUCAACUUUUUGAAAGGAACAUCCAGCUGCAGAUAGGGGAUAACUAUGGACUGCCAAAAGGUCAUCACAUGGGAACCAUGCUGCGAAGGAGAAUGGAUGAGGUGGAGGUGCAGGAACCCCACUUGAAGGAUCAGGAAUCCCCGAAGAAAACCUGGAACCUGGAGAACCUGCCCAUUCGUCGAGCUGUCUUCAUAGACAGCACUUGGAACCAAAGUCGCGGUAUCUACGCAGAUGAAAGGAUUCGGAGUCUUAGAACCGUAGUCUUACAAAAUAGGUUAUCCCAAUUUUGGCGUCAUCAGCGGGGAAGUCCACGUUGGUAUCUGGCCACGAUAGAAGCCGUUCACCAAUUCCUCCUCGAAGUGCACAUAAAUGCCUGGGGCUUGAAUUCUUUAUACAGAGGACUAGAUAAUCUCGAAAUUACCGAAGGGUUUUAUCAACUGGCAGCACCCUUAAAGAUAGAUACUUCCAUCGAGGACAUGGAUAGGGUAUCUCCCUACAAUGGACAAUAUGACAACCUGCUGUUUUUCUUCGCCAACAUGUACGAUCUUAUUCAUAAGUACUACGAUCAUAAUGAUCUAAUAUCAUACCGACGUCCCAUUUAGUUAUCUAUGUAUGUAUAUUAUAAUGGAUAGUGAGAAAUACACAUUACUGUUGGCUACGACUA